CUUCCCUCCCUCCCUCCCUCCUUCCCCGCCCGUCCCGGUUCUCGGCCCCCUCUGAGCCUGAUCCUCAGGCGCGGUGGCUGCCAGGUCCUCAGCCGCCAGCCCGCCAUGGAGGUGGAGGAGGCGUUCCAGGCGGUGGGCGAGAUGGGCCUCUACCAGAUGUACUUGUGCUUCCUGCUGGCCGUGCUGCUGCAGCUCUAUGUGGCCACAGAAGCCAUCCUCAUUGCACUGAUUGGAGCCACACCAUCAUAUCACUGGGACAUGGCCGAGCUCCUGCCCAACCAGAGCCACAGCAAUCAGUCAGAUAGCAAAGAACAGGCCUUUGGGGACUGGCUCCUGACCGCCAACGGCAGUGAGAUCCAUAAGCACGUACAUUUCAGCAACAGCUUCACCUCCAUCGCCUCCGAGUGGUUUUUAAUUGCCAGCAGAUCUUAUAAAGUCAGUGCGGCCAGCUCCUUUUUCUUCAGUGGUGUGUUUGUUGGCGUCAUCUCCUUUGGUCAGCUUUCCGAUCGCUUCGGAAGAAAAAAGGUCUAUCUCACAGGUUUUGCUCUUGACAUCUUAUUUGCUAUCGCAAAUGGAUUUUCCCCCUCCUAUGAAUUUUUUGCAGCGACUCGCUUCUUGGUGGGCAUGAUGAAUGGAGGAAUGUCCCUGGUGGCCUUUGUCUUGCUCAAUGAAUGCGUGGGCACCGCCUACUGGGCACUUGCAGGAUCCAUCGGCGGUCUCUUCUUCGCUGUUGGCAUCGCGCAAUAUGCCCUGUUAGGAUACUUCAUCCGCUCCUGGAGGGCCCUAGCUGUUCUGGUCAACCUUCAGGGAACAAUCGUCUUUCUCUUAUCGUUAUUCAUUCCUGAAUCACCUCGUUGGUUAUACUCCCAGGGUCGACUGAGUGAGGCAGAAGAGGCUCUCUACCUCAUUGCCAAGAGGAACCGCAGGCUCAAGUGCACGUUCUCACUCACAUGGCCGGCCAACAGGAGCUGCAGGGAAACCGGAAGCUUCCUGGAUCUCUUCCGUUACCGGGUCCUCCUAGGACACACUCUGAUCCUGAUGUUCAUCUGGUUUGUGUGCAGCUUGGUGUACUACGGCCUCACCCUAGGUGCCGGUGACCUAGGGGGCAGUAUUUAUGCCAACCUGGCCUUAUCUGGCCUCAUAGAGAUUCCAUCCUACCCUCUCUGCAUCUACCUGAUUAACCAAAGAUGGUUUGGUCGGAAACGGACACUAGCAGCCUUUCUGUGCCUCGGAGGACUGGCCUGUCUUAUUGUGAUGUUUCUUCCCGAAAAGAAAGACACAGGUGUGUUCGCCGUGAUCAACAGCCACUCCUUGUCCUUGCUGGGGAAGCUGACGAUCAGUGCCGCCUUCAACAUUGUUUACAUCUACACCUCUGAGCUGUACCCCACUGUCAUCAGGAAUGUUGGCCUUGGAGUGUGUUCCAUGUUCUCCCGAGUGGGCGGGAUCAUUGCCCCCUUCAUACCCUCACUGAAGAACGUGCAGUGGUCUCUGCCCUUCAUCGUGUUUGGAGCCACCGGCCUGACCUCAGGCCUCCUGAGCCUGCUGUUGCCAGAAACUCUGAACAGCCCUUUGCUGGAGACGUUUUCUGACCUUCAGAUGUACUCCUAUAGGAGGUUAGGGGAGGAAGCCUUGUCUCUGCAGACCUUGGACCCUCCACAGGCCCUGGACAACGCCAGCCCCCUGGAGAGUGAGAGCGAGGAGGAGGAAGAGUUCUAUGAUGUGGAUGAGGAGAGCCAGAUGAUCAAGUGAAGAGCCCCACAUUCCAGCCCAGAAGCAAAGCCUCAUCAUCACGAGUGCCUCGGGGUUGGCUUAAACACCAGUGAGAUCCUCAGCCCACUGACACCUUCCAGACACAGAGGAGGCUGGAGGAGAGAUUCUAAAAGGGAGAACCUUGGCACACCGAGAGAAUCAUUGCUAACUGUUCAGAAUUGAGGCUGAGCUCGCUCAGCACCAUGCCUCUGGUCACACAGCUCCAGUUUACUGUCUAGGUGACUAACUCUAUCCCAUGCUGCUUCCCAUCCUUGGGUCUAAGAGCAGAUGCGUGAAACUGCUCGCAGAUUUACUAGGGUUAGCCAGAACUCCCCCCAAGAUGUCAUCCUCCUAGUAAACUUGAUGUCUGUCCCUGUCACUUGCUGCUCUCCACCAGGAAUCUUCUGGCACAGGGUGACAUGUCCAGAGGCCCCAGCUUUCCAUCAGUUGACCAAAUGAGUCUUCAGCUGCUUCCCACCACUGAUUGACAGACAGCGGAGCUUGUGCCUUUAGUAUGAGAUCAUUUGUUAGUGAAAGCCAGAAUCAACAGAGCAGUUCACUGCCACCAGAGGACUGGCUGUGACUUGGUAGCUCCCUUUGACACUUGUGUUGUGCAAUGUUUCCAGUUCCCAUUUGGAAUCACUUGGGAAAUUUUCCUUUGUGAGAUUCUAGGGUCAGCAAUAAAUUCUGAAUCAUGCGCAGUCCAUAAUGAAAGUCCACAAGCCGGGGAAGUCAGCAAGCGAUGUGCUGACACUCUUUACCUGUGACUUAACCAAGAGUGUUUGCUGUCUUUGUGUGCAAUGAGGGGUCUGGACGGCACGCCAGGCCCUGAACUCUGCCCUACGGAGCCGCUACUUGUUUACUCAAAAGGCGUGGCGACUUUUAAAGAAAAUGUUGAGUUUUCAUUAAGUGCUUCCACUGAUUUCCAAAUAAAUCCAAAUCACACUUAAUAUCUGUUUCUUGCAAAACUUGAACACACUCAGAGAAGCGUAUACACCGAGAGUCCGUGUGUGGGCAGUUGAUCACUUCCCCAGCCCGGGAAACUGCUGUGUUUAGAAAGUCUGUUUAUGCUCAUCUUCUGGGAAGAAAAGCACAUAAACGUGCAGGGAAGGUGCCCUGUGGAUGCUUCUGGAAAUCAUGGAGACCUGCAUCCUGUGGCCUCCUCCAUGUUGUCUUGGUUUCCGCUAACACUAUACCCACCUGCUCCUUCUUUGUUUUCCUUUACGCCCUUGCUGAUGAGGGAGCCAUUUCUACCACUGUAGAGAACAUUGGCAUUGGCCAUGAUGCAGCAAAGGCCCUGAUAGGUGACACUGUGUCUAGCUGUCAGGGAGGUUAUGGAAGCAUCGUGUCUGCAAAUCUCAGCAAAGUGUGCCCCACACCCCCAAAUUGUGGAGCCCCGCUUCUCUCUUCUUUAGAAAAUGGAGGUCAGCUCUCCUUAGGAAAGGAAAAAAAGAGCUUUCAGAAACCCUUGGUUCUUGUCAAAUAAAGUGUUUA